ACACAAACAUAGUCUAAAUUUAUAAAUAAAUAUAAUAAUAAUAGUAGGCUAUUUUUAUAAAUAUAGUAAGUCGUAUUUAGGGUGUAAUCUUACCAUCUCAAGUCGUUCUUGACCUGGGGUGAGGAAUGUGGGUUGACCCCUCCCCACCCUACUCAAAAUUCUACCAAAUCUAUUGGUAUUUACUUAGUAUUAUCUUAAGAUAAAUUUAUUUAAAGGUUUUAAAAAUAAUUUCAUUCGUACGCGUUUUGUGUAAAAUGCAUUUCAUGAAUAGUCCCAACAAAUAGUUUAUUGCUAAAGCGGUAAAUACCCUUUCCUAAUAGUGAUCCCUACAUAUGGUUUCAAUACAAAGUCGUUAAAAGAAACAUGAAACUCAACAGAAAGCUUGUGCCUAUAAAGGCCCAUUUCUUCUUUUUCAUGUGUGCAAUGGGACCAAUUCUCCCCCAACUAUUUGUGUAUGGAAAAGAAAUGGGAAUAUCAAGCGUGGCAAUGGGAGGAGUGACGGGAAUUUUACCAUUUCUAUUUCUACUGGCAAAACCACUAUUUGGAAUGGUAGUUGAUGUAUAUAGAGAUUUCAGAAAAACCAUAUUCAUAGCACUUAUUAUAUUUAUGACUACGUCUUUUGCACUGCUUGCUCUGAUACCUCAAAGAGUUUUGUUGAAAUUUGAAACAACAAUGGACAAAACUCAUAUGGAUUUGUGUAACGAAACAGAAAUCGAAGAGCUGAACAUGUGCAAGAAUGAGACAAUUAGCAUAACAUGCACAUCAGAAUGCAGUCAAGAUCCCUUCAAUUUUCUGUUGACAAAUUUUACGAAAAUAGACGAUGAUUUUCGUCUUUGCACUCAAAAUACGAACAAAACAAUUAAUUUAAACUCUACAUGCGAUUUAAAAUGUGUGGAAGAUAUCGAAUCAAAUAAUGGGUGUUUGUACAAAAGUUGGCCGUUCUGGAUGUUUGUGAUAUUUAUGUCUUUUGGAUCAAUCGGAUUUAACGUUGUUAAUUCCAUAAGUGAUGCGAUUUGUUUCGAUGUUAUAGGUGAUGAAUAUGAUUAUGGAAAACAAAGAGUAUGGGGAACUAUAGGCUUUGGACUAACAGCUUUAAUUGCUGGAUAUAUUGUGGAUUUAUUUUCUGAUACUAAAAUAUCUUAUAUGCCAGCUUUGAUUGUUAUGAUUGUUUGUUCAUGUUUGGAUUUAGUAGCAUGUUAUAAACUAAAUCUUCCAGUAAUAAAAGGACCAGAAAACAUCAUCAAAGAAUUUAUCGUGCUACUGAAAAAUAAACGUGUAUUUACUUUUAUGAUUUUUGCCAUAUGUGCAGGAAUAUUAGACAGCCUUAUUAUAUACUUUUUAUUUUGGUAUGUGGAGGAUUUGGCUUUGAAAACCAAUACUACCAAUAUCAAACUAUUGGAAGGAUUAAUCGUUGCUGCUGAAACUUUGGGCGGGGAAGUUAUAUUCUUUUCAAUUUCAGGAAAAAUUUUGUCAAAAUUCGGCCACGUCCACUGCUUUAGCAUGUGUUUUAUCAACUACGCCCUACGGUUAAGUCUUAUUUCAAUCGCAUCAUCUCCAUGGUGGAUUGUGCCCAUCGAGUUUUGCUUUCAGGGUCCAACAUAUGCUUUAACUUACACCACCAUAGUGGCGUACGCCAAUGAACUGGCCCCUCCUGGUGCUUCUGCUACCAUGCAGGGAAUAGCUGCCGGUAUGGAUGAUGGUGUGGGCUUUGCUGUAGGAAGCUUCAUAGGUGGGAUCCUGUUCCAGUACAUUGGAGGACAGAAAACCUUACAAGUGUUUAGUGUCUUUGGUGUUAUGUGCAGUAUUGUACAUUUAGUUUUGCAUAAGACAGUUUUGGCAACUGGUAAAUCAGAAACUAAAGAAGAUGAUUGCAAAUACAAAAGUCCACAAGAAGCUCUCAUGGUUACUUACCAGAACUGAAGUUUUUGUAUUAAUAAUAAUUAAACUGAAAUUUAUUAUUUUGCAAAAUUUUGUUUUGGUAACUGUAUUAUAUUAUGAAAUAUAUAUCCUUUAGAAAUUUUUUUGAAGAUCCAGUUUUAACGGGUUUCUGAACAAUCUGUACAUUUUGAAAAAUUAAUGUGACAACCCAAUAAAUAUAAUAGUUUUUAGCUAUGUGUACACGUAUUUUGUCAAAAAAAAUAUGCAAAGGUUGUUAACAUUUUUUUCAAUCUGUGCAUUUGAACUUGAAAUUUUUAAUCAAGGUUAAAUCAAUUAAAGUAAAGUAAGUUUUGUCUGAUAUAUCUGUAUCUAAUUAUUAUAAAGCCCAGAUUAAUUGUAUACAAAUUAUAAUUUCAACCCUUGUUUAAAAAUUCACAAUUAGGUAACUUUUUAAUUUAUUCGGUUGGAUGUUCAGAUAUAUCUGACUAUUUCCCUCGUCUUAAUUUCCACCAAUCACAAACGCGCAAUUUUGAAUUACAAAUGGUUUCUAGGUGAAAAAACUGUGUGACAGCACCUGUCAGCAGUUUAUUCGAGUUUACCC